UCACGCGCAGGGCGGGACUAGCAGGAAUUCCGUUUCCGUUCCUGGGAUUUUUUCUGUCGCUCAGAGAGGAAAAGAGAAGAAAUCCUCACUUCCUCCUGUUUUUGUGUUUUUUUUAAAGGUAUAUCCUUAAAAAAUGGCGUCUUCCCCACAGAAGUCUCCUUCCUCCCCCAAGUCUCCGACUCCAAUCUCGCCGUCCUUCAGAAAGAAAGAUGACUCGUUCCUCGGGAAACUUGGUGGGACUCUGGCCAGAAGGAAAAAAGCAAAAGAAGUGUCGGAGCUGCAGGAGGAGGGGAUGAAUGCCAUAAACCUACCACUGAGCCCCACUCAAUAUGAGCUGCAUCCAGAGGACACCAUGCUGGAGGAGAACGAAGUUCGCACCAUGGUUGACCCAAACUCCAAAAAAGACAGUAAACUGCAGGAACUCAUCAAGGUGCUGAUUGACUGGAUCAAUGAUGUGCUGGUGGGAGAGAGGAUCAUUGUGAAGGACCUGGCAGAAGACUUGUAUGAUGGACAGGUUCUGCAGAAGCUCUUUGAGAAGCUUGAGGGUGAGAAGCUGAACGUUGCGGAGGUGACACAGUCUGAGAUCGCUCAGAAGCAGAAGCUUCAGACGGUUCUGGAGCGCAUCAACGAUGCUCUGAAAGUCCCCACCAGGAACACCAAGUGGAACGUCGACUCGGUUCAUGCUAAAAGCAUCGUGGCCAUCCUUCAUUUGCUGGUGGCGCUUUCUCAGCACUUCAGAGCUCCAAUCCGCCUCCCUGACCAUGUGUCCAUUCAGGUGGUGGUGGUUCAGAAACGAGAGGGAAUCUUACAGUCUCGUCAGAUUCAGGAGGAGAUCACUGGCAACACUGAGGCUUUAUCAGGCAGGCAUGAGCGUGAUGCGUUCGACACCCUGUUUGACCACGCCCCUGACAAGCUCAGUGUGGUGAAGAAGACUCUCAUCACCUUUGUCAACAAACACCUGAAUAAACUGAAUCUGGAAGUGGCCGAACUGGACACACAGUUUGCAGAUGGUGUGUACCUAGUUCUUCUGAUGGGACUCCUGGAGGGCUACUUUGUGCCUCUCUACAGUUUCUUCCUCACUCCUGAAAACUUUGAACAAAAGGUGCAUAAUGUGUCCUUUGCAUUCGAGCUGAUGCAGGAUGGUGGCCUGGAGAGGCCAAAACCAAGACCAGAAGAUAUUGUGAACUGUGACCUGAAAUCGACACUUCGCGUUCUCUACAACCUCUUCACCAAAUAUAGGCAUGUGGAUUGAAGACAUGGCCAACUGACACACUACUGGGACCACUGACCACUUUCUUAAACUCUUGGUUUAAAGAGAAUUUUUUUUUUUUACUACUAAAUUUCUGCAUAAUUCUGUGGGAUGUAAACAUCCCUUAGAGAUGGUUCGAUGUGCACUGUAGAGAAACUUGCAGACUCAGUCUUCUUUACAGUGGUGGUAGAAACCAAGGGUCCUGAUGUCUACAACACAAAUAGACCCAUUUUAUUUACUAUCCAAAACCACCAGUGAAUCUACACUUGUCUGAGUUUUUAAUGUAAUGUUGAUGUUGGUAAUAUAGUGAAACAUUUUUUGUAGCAAAUAUUUUGCCUGCAUGUACCUCUCCGCCAAUGUGUCGGGCAUCAGGCAGUGUAUUUGUUACCAUUUUAUGUAAUGACUUUCUGUGAGGGAGGUUUUAGAGGCAUUAAACUCUUCGUCUGGUUCCUAUCGACCACCACUGUGAACAGUACUGACUCUGUAAAGUCUCACUAUAGUGGAGCGUGUCACACCAAACCACUCUGAAUGACUGACAUCUCAAUGAUUUAAUUAUGCAGGGAUUUUGAAUAGGUGGAAUUGUCCUUCUAAGGGGUUACUACUACAAACACUUUACUACACUGUGUAUGUUUGUGGGCUGCAUGAUAUGGACAAAACACCAGCAUGGCGAUUAUAUUGCUACUUGUUGUGAUGGUAUUAUGCCUUAUAGUAUAUUGAAAACGAAUGGUUGAAUCAACAACGUGACGUGGUUAACGAUUGGCCUGCUCUUUUUUGACCAAGGUAAUUUACUUGUAACAAGUAAUUUACGUGUGUAUUAUAGGAACACCUUCAUUCAAACUCAUCUGGAACUGUCUGAAUGCUUACAGCACACAGUAAAAACAUUGUGAAUGGCUCAUUUGCAUAUUGAAGCCUUUUGCAAUACCAAAGGCCAAUAUCACAAUAAUAAUUACUAGUGAUAUAUUAUAUAUGCCUAUUUAGAGCUGUCCAAUAACUCUGAUUAAACUAAUGUCAAAGAGUUUUUUAUCAGUGUGAGUCCAAAAUGUUCAUAUGGCUGUAGCUUCACGUGUGGAAUUGCACGACUGUGGCAGGACCUGUGUUUCUUACUCAUUCCAAAGUGCCUGGAAGGUGACUGAAUUGGACCAAUAUGCUGCCCUUGGGGGGCUGGAUUCCUGCACAGUUCAGUGUAGUUUGUUUUCCUGCUAAAAUACAUUUAAAGGCAAAUAUCACUGUAUUUUGAAAAUUUCUGCAUAAUUAAAUGGUUUAGAUGUAAACAUAGUCAUUCA